CCAGGUUGGGCAGUGAAUGGGGGAAGUACGGGUGCUGCAGAAUUUGUGGACUGCCAAUCAGGAUUUGCAAGCACAUCCAGAAGGAUACUAGGGGCUCUACGGGCCUGUGUGCGAAUUCUUGGUGGUUGCAGAACACUACUUGUGCUCGCCACCGCACAAGCUUGUACUACACUUAUGGGACUCGCCACGUCACCAAGUCAUACUGCAGUGCUGAUAUGUGAAAGACCAAGAUGUACUAGACCGCUGGUACUCGACAGUUCACCAAAAGGUAACGUGGCACUAGUACUGGCACUCUGCUGCAUAUGAGAGUCCUCA